AUGGAAGUCGUUCACGAUAUCGCUCUACAAGAGCUUGAUGCUCCUUCUCUGAUGCUGGCUCAAAUUCUAUCUAUGCUAAGUUCUGAGGGUGUCCCCAGAGAAAUGCUACUGGUAGAUGCAGAUCACGGUGACCGUUUAUUAGGGUUCCUGGAGUUUGAUGACGAGGCGAGCUUUCAUGAAAUGAUACGACAGUUAAGGGCCAGACAUUUGAUUGACUGUCAAGGUCUCGACAGAGAUCAGCUGUAUCUCAUGCAUAGAUCACUGCAGCUGAGCCUGCUACGAAAGAUGGAUGAAGAAGAGGGGAAGAUUGCAUCAAUAUUCAAUAUGGCCGUGAGCCUUACACGCCGAAUGUUUCCUCGUCAGUCCCCCGUUCAGUUUCCCCAAAAUGACAUUUGGGAAAAGUGCGAAAAAUACUCUCCGCAUGUCAUGAGCAUCAUGAGUACGCAUGCAGCGUCGCCAGCGCCGCCGGAAUGCUCGAUCGAUUAUGCUUUGCUUCUGUCGGACGUCUCCAACUAUUUUUAUGAGCGCAAUAUUUUUGGUGAUGCGCUGGACACCUCGAAUGCGAGUGUCAAAGUCUGUGAACGCUUUGCUGGCCGUCACGAAUCUGUGAGAGCCGACAUACAUACAAUCGCCGCGGCCGUAAGAGAUACUUGUGGAAUCUCUGAGAGACUCAGGACUCUACACCAUUACGUUAUGACUGUUGCUCUACGUCAAGAGCACCUGAAUAAAUCCAACCCUAUUGAUGUAAGCUCAAACGACCUCUGGAACUACGCCAAUGCCUGGGGCAAUAUGACGCCUAUACUACUCGAUUAUGAGUGCUAUGAAGACGUCAUCAUAUAUUCCGACCUUGCCAUUACCAUCAAGAAGAAAUUGCUCGGAUCAGGUCCAGAUUCCGCGAUUGCAUGCUACGAACCACAUCGCAAUAAACAUAUCGCACUUGCGGCUCUAGGACGGUUUGACGAAGCUCAAAAAUGGGAGCCGGAUCCUGACAAUUUCAUGGCGGAUCCCACUUAUAAGGUUAUUAUGAUUAGAUAUUAUUUUUUCCAUGCAAACAUUGCCAUACUCUGCGGGAAUCUCGAUUCAGCCUAUACCACCUUGCAAAUGGUGCUCAGCAUGCGAACUGACACUUUUGGUCCUACUGGACGGAGCACCCUCGAUACCUAUUACUUGCUGGCUAUGCUUGAGUCAAAGAGGCACAACAAUGAGGCUGCUGAAGCGUACCUGAGAAAAGCCUUGGAGAGAACCGAUCAGUGGACGGACGAGGCUGGCGCGCGAGCCAAGUAUCAGCUUGCCAGACUACUAUUGCGUAAAAAGAAGGACGAAAAGACAGAUGAAGAAGCUCGAAAUCUUCUGAAAGAAGCCACUCAAGUACGGGUUGCACGCUGGGAGAAGUAUGCAGGAUACUGGCCGUUUGACGUCCCCUUGCCGGAUGAGGACGCGAUAUACGACCAUAUUGUCCCCGCUGAAGCUGGCCGUCUUGUCAUGACAAAGUCGCUACCAGCAAACACGCUGACCAGGCGGCUCAAUGAUGUGUGUCGCCAUCUUCAGUCUCGUCUUGGGUCUAAAGACGAUCUUUUGCCUCCGAAAGAUCUAGCUGAGCUUUUGAAGACUUCCGGUUCAUUGUUCCACCUUGUCCCUCACAUCCAAGCUUACGCUGUAUGA